CUCUCAUAUCUUAAUCGUGUAUCAGCCAUGCCUAAGCCCAACGUUUCAAGGUCUCUCAGAUAUUCGUGUCUUACCCGCUUCAAGAAAACCUCACAGUCACAACCUUGGCCUUUUUCCCCUGUAUUCUUUUGAGAAAUGGGUAGUGGAGAGAAGAGUGUGAAGGGGUUUCAUUUGCACCGCACACACCACCAUCACCAUGGGAAGAAGCAAGAGUUCAGAGGAGUGCCCAAAGGGUGUCUUGCAAUCAAGGUUGGUCAAGGAGAAGAGCAACAAAGGUUCGUGGUGCCUGUCAUAUACUUCAACCACCCUCUCUUCAUGCAGCUCCUCAAGGAAGCAGAAGAAGAAUACGGUUUCGAUCAAAAGGGAACCAUAACCAUCCCUUGUCAUGUUGAGGAGUUCAGGAACGUUCGAGGCAUGAUCGAUAGGGAAAAGCAUCACCAACAUCAAACUGGCUGCUUUGGCUUCUGAUGAAGCUAAUUAAACAA